AUGGCUAAAAGUAAAGACGCUGCUGUCCCUGCCCUUUUCCUUCGCUUUCUGAGAGUAGUGACUAAAUUCUUGAUACAACAUCAAAGGCAAAUUCUUUCCAAGAUGAUUUAUAAGAUAUCUCUUUACUUUUGUUCUGUAAACCUCUCGUACAACAGACAUUUUGUUGCUGCUGUUGCUGCUGCUACACUGCCACCAAGGAAAAUUAGAAAGGAUGCCAAUGAAAAUACAUCAGAUAAAAAAUUAGGUGAUAUAGUAAAAAUGAAGUCAUAUAUUUGUCUGAAAAAUGAACUUGAAGAUGAAGUCUAUUUAAAAUGCUUAUACCAAAGGCAGAUCUAUGACAUGGAGAAUUCUAUUCACUUGCUUAAAAAAUUUCAAGUUAUUGUCUUAGCCAAUCCAAAGGAAGGUGUUUAUCAUGAUAUAAUAUUAGAAAUGGCACACCAGAAAAAGAAAAAUGUGGAGUCAUUUGCCAGCAUUAUUAGUUUACUAUUCCCCUUUUCUUCAGAAGCCAACAAAGUUACUGUAUUUACUGUGAAUGCAUCAGAGAUUACCAUUGCAGAAUAGAAUGGAGUUGUUCUUUCAGGAGGAGCUGAUCUGCCUCAGAUUUUAGAUGGUGAGGUUGCUGUGGAUUUUUAUAUAGCUGCUCCAACAACAAUGCCUGACCUUAACCCAUUAAGGAAGAAACUACAAAAAUAUUUUCCAAAGGCUACUAGAAAUUCCACUAGUCAUGACAUCACAUUAACAGGAAAUUAUAGAAUAUGA